UUUAUGGAACAUAACCUAAGAUAGAUAACCUAUUAGUUUGAAAAUUCUGAUAAACAAGUUAAAUAAACGCUUUGCACAACUUAUUAAUAAAAUAAAUUAAAUACAUUUCUUUUAAUAAUCUGUGUGGUGUUGUAAUUAAGAAGAAGUUAAAAUGGAUUUUUUGGAAUAUUCAGAAAUUUCUUCAGAAAUAAAGGGGUCCCUGACUCCAGGCAAAUUAAAAAUGACCGACCAAACAAUUAUAUUCAAAAACAGCAAGACAGGAAAAGUGGAACAAAUUCAGAGCAAUGAUAUUGAUAUGGUUAACUUUCAAAACUUUGUUAGCUCCUGGGGUAUCAGAUUGUUCCUUAAAAACGGUACCUUGCACAGGUUUGUUGGUUUCAAGGAAUCUGAUAAAGAAAAGAUUGCCAAAUUCUUUUCCACUCAUUACAAAAAAGAUAUGUUAGAAAAGGAAUUGUGUGUCAAAGGAUGGAAUUGGGGUACUGCCAAGUUCAGUGGUUCAGUUGUAAGCUUUGAUAUUGGAGAGAAGAGUGCAUUUGAAAUACCUUUAACACAUGUUUCACAAUGUAUUACUGGUAAAAACGAAAUUACUAUGGAAUUUCAUCAAAAUGAUGAAGCACCUGUAAGUUUGAUGGAAAUGCGGCUAUUUAUACCCUCCAGUGAAUUAGCAGGUGAUGUGGAUCCUGUUGAAGCAUUCCAGAAGCAAGUUAUGAAGAAGGCCAGUGUUAUUAGUGUAACAGGGGAUGCCAUUGCUAUUUUCAGAGAGAUACAGUGCCUUACACCUCGUGGUCGUUAUGAUAUUAAAAUUUUCCAAACAUUUUUCCAAUUGCAUGGUAAAACAUUCGAUUAUAAAAUACCAAUGUCGACAGUAUUACGUUUGUUCCUUCUGCCACACAAAGAUAAUCGUCAAAUGUUCUUUGUAAUAAGUUUGGAUCCACCAAUUAAGCAGGGGCAGACUCGUUAUCAUUUCCUUGUGCUGCUUUUUAAUCAAGACGAAGAAAUGUCGAUUGAAUUGCCAUUUACAGAGGAGGAAUUGAAGGAGAAAUAUGAAGGAAAACUGGAAAAAGAAAUUUCUGGGCCUACGUAUGAAGUACUAGGCAAAGUAAUGAAGACAAUUUUAAAUAGGAAAUUAACUGGCCCUGGAAACUAUGUUGGUCAUGAUAGCAGUCCAGCAAUUAGUUGUUCAUUUAAAGCAGCUGCAGGAUACUUAUAUCCCUUGGAGCGUGGCUUUAUUUACGUUCACAAGCCCCCAAUACAUAUUCGUUUUGAAGAAGUUGCCUCAGUCAACUUUGCCAGAGGUGGGGGAAGUACCAGAUCGUUCGAUUUCGAAAUCGAAUUAAAAUCAGGAACUGUACACACCUUUAGUAGUAUUGAAAAAGAAGAAUAUGCAAAACUUUUUGACUUUAUUACUGCCAAAAAGAUAAACAUCAAAAACAAAGGCAAAAGUGAUAAAACAACUUAUAUGGAUGACUUUGGGGAUUCAGACAACGAAACUGCUCCAGAUGCUUAUUUAGAAAGGGUUAAAGCGGAAGCACAAGAAAGGGACGAAGAAGAGGACAAUUCAGAGGAAAGUACAGAUGAAGAUUUCGAUCCAGAUAAGAUAAAGAAACCAGAUUCUGGAAGCAACACAAGUUCCUCAGACAUCUCUGAUGAAGAUAUUUCAGAAGCAGAAAAUGAUUUAAAGAAGAAAGAGAAAAAACCAAAGCCUGAAAAGAAAGAAAAGGAAAAAGAAAAGAAGAAACCUUCAGAGCCUCGCAAGAAGAAAACGAAGAAAGACAGAGACGAAAACAAACCAAAAAGACCCACAACAGCAUUCAUGAUCUGGUUGAAUGAAAUGAGAGAGAAGAUCAAGGAAGACAAUCCAGGAAUAAAGGUCACCGAAAUAGCUAAAAAAGGUGGUGAAAUGUGGAAAGAAAUAAAGAACAAAUCUGAAUGGGAAAAGAAGGCAGCAAAGGCUAAGGAAGAAUAUGAACAAGCCAUGAAAGAGUACAAUGCAAAAGGUGGCAGUAGUGCCGGUGGUGAUAAGAAAGAUAGCAAAAAAGAAACAGCAACAAAAUCAAAGAAGAAAGCAACAAAUCCUACUCCACCUAAAAGCACUGGGCCCUAUAAAAGUAAAGAAUAUGUUAGUGAUGUGGAUAGCACCAGUUCAGAAGAUGAAAAGAAGAAAAAACCAGCUCCAAAAUCAAAAUCUAGUGCCGCUGCUGACUCAAAGAAAAAAAGAAAUAAUUCGGACGAUAGUGCAGAAGAAAAUAAAAAGAAAAAGAAGAAGGAGACCAAAAAAGGAUCAGAUGAUGACGACGAAGAAGUCGAAAGUACACCACCAUCCAGUGAAACCUCUGAUAGUGAAUAAUUUUUAUCACACAAUUUUAAGUCGUAUUAUAACUUUUGCAUUUUAUAAACAGUAAAGUAGUUGAUAAUAAAAAAUUAAUAACUCUUAUA